UUUUUGGGGGUUAUUUUUUGUGUCAAAAAAUCAAUAAUUACAUCAUAUUAUCAUAAUAGAAGCCCAAAAAAUUGGAAAGGAUGUCCCUAUUUUGUAUUUCCCGAUUAUGCUGUAACGCGAUUAAACCAGCGCAAACCCGGAGCUUUGUCCUAAGCGCCUCCAAGGCAGCCGAGAGCGAUUGGGUGCCUCAGGAGAAGGAAACUCAUACGGGACAGAAAUGGAAUCCAAACGACUACCGACUCUCACGGUUCGUUGAUCGACCAAAACAUGUGAAUCCAAACUUUUCCAUGAAGUUAAUUUCCGAAGUGGAGCCGAAACAGGAAAAGGACAGGGUUGUAUAUUGUGAUGGAGGAAGUGGUCCCACUGGACAUCCCAGAGUUUAUAUUAACUUGGAUAAACCAGGAAAUCACACUUGUGGCUAUUGUGGAUUAAGGUUUUACAAAGACGAUCAUCAUUAAUAUUACUUGAAUUGUAAAUGCUUUGUAGUUACUAUAAUAUAUGUAUACCAGGAAUAAUUGUUAUUCAUUUAAAUAAAAUAUGUUAAUAAAC